AUGGGAAAGAUCAAAAGAUACCCACAAAUAUCCAACCAGUUGAUCAUCUCCAGGAUGCUUAAGGUACUCAGUCGCCGGAGUCUUAGGGCAUGUACCCGACAACGGAACGGUCUCGCUAUGCAGCCGCCAUCAGUAUCUUCUGUGCGUGCUGUAUCUGUGUUUUCAAAUUCGAUGAAAGUUAAUGAUAGAAAGAAAUAUCCGACAGUAGUAUCACGCUGCUGUUGGAAGCCCGGCGCUAGAAAAUACUCAACGUUGCCAAAUACUGCGAUAUCCAAUGAUCUGGGAAUUGCCUCUGCACUUGAAGGAAAAUCGUGUGUUUCCUGUGGUGUGAAACUUCAAUGUAACGACGAAAAUUCUCCAGGCUAUAUCAACGAAACUGCCGUAGUGCACGAAAGAAAACAUACAUUGCCCUUUAAAAGACAGAGUGAUUUGGUGUUCGAUGAAAUUUAUAGUAGAUUGAGUGAAGAAGAUAAAAGAUUGUUGCUCAAUGACGAAUCCGAGGAAACACCCAAUGAGAAUGCAGAACAGCCAAUCGAAAACCUUGAAGAGGUGAAGGAAACGGAAAAAGCCCCAGAAGACAAAUUGGUGAAUCCUAAAGAGACCCGAAAUGUCAAAUAUAAUACUGAAGAGAAACAGAAAUACGGAGAAACAAAUGACAACAUAAAAACCUUAACCCAGACAGCCCAAAAAACAAAUUCCGAGACACCAGCAAACCUUAAGUGUCUUCGAUGUUAUAACACAAUUCAUUACAAUGAAUAUUUUGAACUCGAUCCACACAAUGAAGCAAUGACAAUGUCUCUGGUGCUCUCUCCAGUCCGAGUUCCUGAUCUUGAAAAUUCUCAUAUUUUCCAUAUUAUUUCGGCUAAUGAUUUCCCUCUCACCUUGAAUGUGGAUCUUGUGGCAGAAAAUAUCAGCCGUAGUCAUUUCGUCAUCAACAAGUGUGAUCUUUUGGUGAGUUCUGAUAAUAGAAACGCCACUCAGUAUUUCACUAAUGUCAUCAAUGAACUACUUAGAUCAAAAGGUUUGCAAAUCAAUGUCGAAGGCAGAGUGCAUUUGGUAUCUGCAUCCAAAGGCUGGGGAAUGGGUGGUCUCCACAACUCUUUGCCGAAGGGUAGAAAAGUCUACUUUAUUGGGGAGGCCAACGUUGGUAAAUCAUCGCUCAUCAAAGGUCUCUUAUACUAUGAUUAUUACCUUGCGAAGAAUCGUAGUUCCAGAAGAUCGUUUGAAGAAUAUGUCUCCAAGCAGGGGAAAAAAUUGGAAAAGAAAAUUGAUAUCCCUGGAACAUUUGUUUUACCAGGAACCACCCAGGACAUUUUGACAUACAAGAUCAAUGGUUGUACCGUCAACGACUUGCCAGGGUUUCUUUGUCAAACCGCUACUGGGGAAAUUAACUAUGGUGCCUUCAAUAUUUUGAAACCAUCGUGGAUCAAACAUUUAUUUAAAGAAAGGGCUACCAGACAGGUGGCGGGGAAUAAAGUGAAACGUCAACAAUAUUUGCUGAUAAUGGAUAAGGAUUGCUAUUCACUUGGGGGGAUCUUUUAUUUAGUUGGCCCACGUGGUUCUAUCACCCAAGUUGCUGCCAGUACCCAUGAGCAAGGGUUUCGCUUCGGGAGCUUAGAACGGGCUAUUGAAACGAUAAAUCGUCAACCAGAAGCUAUGGAACAGUUUAUUGGGGUUAAACAGGGUUUUCCAUUAGACAAAUUACAAAGGUAUGUGAUUCCGCCAUUUUACGGCAGUGUUGACUUGGUGAUUAAAGGGGUUGGUUACGUCACCAUCACCCCUACAAAGUCGGUGAAGCUGAUCAAAAAAGAGCUUGGAGUGGAUAUCGCCGAGGAAAUCACGGUCAAUGAUAAUGAUGCUACGCAGAUGAAGAAGCACAUCAUUGAUGUGAUAAAAUACAACAUGUAUGAGUUCUAUGCCCCAGCAGACAUGCAGUUUGUGGUGAGAGAAAGUAUUGAUAGUUAUCUUGUCAAGAAGACUUUAAUUAGAAGGGCCCGCGGGGACUCGAAACGAUACUUCAAACCUUUCAUUGAAGGAAAGAAGUUAUACACUUCGGUGGUCCAAGUGCCUACAGAAGUUACAGAUGUUGGUCAUUGGUAUUACGAGACGUACCUCAAGGGAAAACGGAUCGAUUAUUGGAGUGGGUACGCGGAUUCCAGCAACAGAAGAUUACAUCGGGAUUUGAUGUUGAUGGAUCCAAAGGACGUUGAGAAGGAAAUUAUCAGGGUUAACGUAUCGAAUCUUUUGUGGGACGAUAAGGUGGUGUAG